AUGUUUAGGCUGACUCUGAGAGGAAAUACCACCCACUUGCUUAAUUUGAACCAACGUGCCCAAUGCAAACCUUCCGCCGCGGCUGUAGUUCACGAAGUAUUGACCUUCACCCACUUGGCUAAUUCAGAUGCGCCUUCACCUCAACACUCGACAGAAUCAUCAGCAUCGCUUCCUACGCCAAACCCGCUGUCCGCUCUGAGGCGCCUCUUAUUCGCUUACUCGUCUACCAACAGGAUUUUACGUAUCGCAUCUGCACACCGAGUUAGGGAAACCAGCGUGGACGGUUUCAGCCCAUCAGAUACAACCACCAUCUCUUGGUGUGAUAUUCGGGUUGCAAUAGAAAAAUUAAGCAUCGCAUACCCUCAAAGGAGUAAUUUGCGUAUCCGUGUCCACUACGGCUCCAUCGCUUUGGUAAAUUUCUCUUCAUCUCUGUAG